CUUAAACACUCUAACCAAUCGUCUUAAACACAACUCGAAAACGAACCGAUCUCACGUAAUGCUGACCGUUUUCUAUCUUCCCUUCGUCUUCUUCAACUCCUAAUAAAGCGCUCUCUUUUUUAUUUUUUCAUCUUUUACUUCAUCUCUCUGUGAAAAGACCACUUUCUCUCUUUCUCUCUCUACAAACCAUUUUUUUGUUGUUGCAGAGCGUUAGAGAGAAAUAAAAAUUUAUAGGGUUUUCAAUUUUUUUUUCUUUUUAUAAAUUUUUUAAGUUUUUGGAGAUAAAUCGAGAUUUAUAGAGGGUAAUUGUGAAAAGAACAUUCAUUUUUCAUGGUGGUUUCGACGGUUAUUGUAUUGCUGUGUUUCCAAAUCGAGGAAUUUACUCUAGAGCCGAAUCUUAACCUUCCAUUCUAAUGACUUUCAGCAGUAGUAAAUGGCUCGAUUUCACUUCCGUUUUCUCCAUUUCUUCGUCUUCCUCUUCUACGCCUCCUACGUCUCAGCUUCUCGUUCGAGUUUCGAAUCGGAUUUUUCGAUAAUCGAUUCCGAUUCCGAGGGUCUAUUGCUUCAUCGUGAUUACUCUCCUCCGGCGCCUCCUCCGCCGCCGCCUCACGCGCCGUCGGUCUCUUGCACUGAUGACCUCGGCGGGGUAGGUUCUCUGGAUUCAACGUGUCAGAUUGUGGCCGAUUUGAACCUUACUCGUGACGUGUAUAUACAGGGAAAGGGUAAUUUCUACAUCCUUCCUGGAGUUAGAUUCCAUUGCCCCAUUUUGGGCUGUUCAAUAACCGUGAAUAUCAGCGGGAACUUUUCCUUAGGCGAGAAUUCGACUGUAGUAACUGGAACUUUCCAGCUCGCGGCUUAUAACGCUAGUUUUUUCGAUGGCUCGGCCGUGAACACUACGGGAUGGGCGGGGGACCCGCCGCCACAGACGAGUGGGACGCCUCAGGGAGUGGAGGGAGCGGGUGGAGGUCAUGGGGGCCGCGGAGCUUGUUGCUUGGUGGAUGAUAGGAAGCUACCGGAGGAUAUCUGGGGCGGUGAUGCUUAUUCAUGGUCAUCAUUGCAGGAGCCGUGCAGUUAUGGGAGUAAGGGAGGGACAACGAGUAAGGAGGUGGAUUAUGGAGGGGGAGGUGGUGGCUGGGUAAAAAUGGAGAUUAAAGAGUUGUUGGAGGUGAAUGGGAGCUUGUUGGCUGAUGGGGGCGAUGGAGGGACUAAAGGAGGUGGUGGAUCAGGUGGUAGCAUCUAUAUUAAAUCCCAUAAAAUGACUGGAAGUGGCAGGAUAAGUGCUUGUGGAGGUGAUGGUUUUGGUGGUGGGGGUGGUGGAAGAGUUUCAGUCAAUAUCUUCAGCAGGCAUGAUGAACCGAAAAUAUAUGUGCAUGGAGGAACUAGUCGUGGCUGCCUUGAGAAUGCUGGUGCGGCUGGAACCCUUUAUGAUGCUGUCCCCCGAAGCCUCACUGUUAACAAUAAUAAUUUGUCAACAGAUACGGAUACUCUUCUUCUAGAGUUUCCUUAUCAGCCACUUUGGACUAAUGUCUAUAUUCAAAAUCGUGCCAGAGCCUCUGUUCCGUUGCUUUGGAGUCGUGUUCAGGUGCAAGGGCAGAUAAGUCUUCUGAGCGGGGGGAUGUUGAGCUUUGGGCUAGCACAUUAUGCAUCUUCAGAGUUUGAACUAUUGGCAGAAGAACUGUUAAUGAGUGAUUCUAUAAUCGAGGUCUAUGGGGCUUUACGCAUGACUGUGAAAAUAUUCUUGAUGUGGAAUUCCAAAAUGGUAAUAGAUGGUGGUGAAGACACAACUGUUGCAACUUCAUGGCUUGAGGCUAGUAAUUUAGUUGUUCUCAAGGAAUCAUCAGUAGUACAUUCAAAUGCAAAUCUGGGAGUACAUGGACAAGGUUUAUUGAAUUUAUCUGGACCUGGAGAUACGAUUCAGGCGCAACGUCUAGUCCUGUCUCUGUUUUACAGUAUUCAUGUUGGACCUGGAUCUGUUUUACGUGGUCCCCUGGAGACUGCAUCAUUUGAUGCUGUUACACCAAGGCUUUAUUGUGAGCUCCAAGAUUGCCCCACUGAACUACUUCAUCCACCUGAAGAUUGCAAUGUGAAUUCGUCUCUGCCUUUUACUCUGCAGAUAUGCCGAGUUGAGGACAUCACUGUCGAAGGUCUUAUUAAGGGAUCCGUUGUUCAUUUCCAUUGGGCAAGAACCAUAUCUGUGCAGUCUUCUGGAGUAAUUAGUGCAUCUGGGAUGGGAUGUGUAGGCGGUGCUGGUAAAGGAAAUUUUUUAGACAAUGGUAUUGGCAGCGGCGGCGGCCAUGGUGGUAGAGGGGGGCUUGCAUGUUAUAAUGGUAGUUGUGUUGAGGGUGGUAUUUCUUAUGGGAAUUCAGAGUUGCCCUGUGAACUUGGUAGUGGAAGUGGAACUGAGAGCUCAGCUGAUUCAUCUGCAGGCGGUGGUGUUAUAGUGAUGGGUUCCAUGGAGCAUCCUUUGCCAAGUUUGUCUGUUGAGGGUGCUGUGAGGGCUGAUGGAGAAAGUUUUGAAGAAACUGUCUGGCAACAAGAGUAUUCUGUUUCUAAUGGUUCAAGCAUAGCUCCUGGGGGUGGCUCUGGUGGUACUGUACUUCUGUUUCUGCAGAAGUUGACUCUUGGCAAAUCUGCUAGUCUUUCCAGUGUUGGAGGCUAUGGUAGUUCCAAAGGUGGUGGAGGAGGAGGGGGUGGAAGGAUUCAUUUUCACUGGUCAGACAUUCCCACUGGAGAUGUUUACCAGCCAAUUGCUAGUGUGAAGGGAAACAUCUAUGCUAGGGGAGGAUCAGGCAGAGACCAGAGUGGUGGUGGAGAAAAUGGAACUGUGACUGGUAAAACUUGUCCAAAGGGGCUGUAUGGGACAUUUUGUGCAGAAUGUCCUGUUGGUACUUACAAGAAUGUUAGUGGAUCUGAUAGUUCUCUCUGUCGCCCUUGCCCUGCUUCACAGCUUCCCCGCCGUGCUGUUUAUGUUUAUGUUCGAGGUGGUGUUGCUGAAACCCCUUGCCCUUUUGAAUGCAUUUCAGACAGAUAUCACAUGCCACACUGUUUUACAGCUCUCGAAGAGUUAAUCUACACAUUUGGGGGACCUUGGUUAUUUGGUCUUUUACUUCUAGGUCUUCUCAUCCUCUUAGCACUGGUGCUUAGUGUUGCACGAAUGAAAUUUGUUGGUGUUGAUGAAUUACCUGGCCCAGCUCCUACUCAGCAUGGCUCUCAGAGAGAUCAUUCUUUCCCAUUCCUGGAGUCAUUGAAUGAGGUCUUAGAAACAAACAGAGUUGAAGAGUCACAGAGCCACGUCCACAGAAUGUAUUUCAUGGGUCCUAAUACUUUCAGCGAACCUUGGCAUCUGCCCCACACUCCUCCAGAAGAAAUAAAAGAGAUUGUAUAUGAGGGUGCAUACAAUACAUUCGUGGAUGAGAUCAAUGCAAUUGCUGCUUACCAGUGGUGGGAAGGUGCAAUUUACACCAUUCUUUCCAUUCUUGCUUAUCCUCUUGCUUUGUCAUGGCAGCAAUGGCGCCGAAGAAUGAGAUUGCAACGACUACGUGAGUUUGUACGAUCAGAAUAUGAUCAUGCCUGCUUACGUUCGUGCCGUUCACGGGCUCUUUAUGAGGGGCUUAAGGUCUCUGCAACUACCGAUUUAAUGCUGGCUUAUGUGGACUUCUUCCUUGGUGGAGACGAAAAGAGAACAGACCUUCCUCCUCGCCUCCUUCAGAGAUUUCCUAUGGCUAUAAUAUUUGGAGGUGAUGGAAGCUAUAUGGCUCCAUUUUCCCUUCAGAUUGAUAACGUUCUUACCAGUCUUAUGAGUCAGCUGGUGGCCCCUACUACUUGGUAUCGACUGGUGGCAGGUUUGAAUGCACAAUUACGCCUGGUUCGUCGUGGACGGCUGAGAGCAACAUUUCGGCCUGUUCUUCGAUGGCUUGAAACGCAUGCUAAUCCUGCUUUGAGAAUCCAUGGUGUACGCAUUGAUCUUGCCUGGUUUCAGGCUACACCUGGGAAUUAUCGCCAGUAUGGACUUUUGGUGUGUUCUGUUGAAGACGAAAAUGAACCUCUAUGCUUGGGAAAUACCAAUGGUGGAGUCAAAACUGAGACUUUUUCACGUGUGAAGAUCACUGACAUGCCAAAUGAAUCUGGUUCUCCAAGAGAAGAUUUGCCUUUAACCCAAGGUCACCGGAGCAGCGAAGGUUUUGCAAGGCGGAAGAGGAGUUACAGAGGGCUUAUAGAUGCUAACAGCUUACAAAAGCUUGAAGAGAAGAGAGAUAUAUUUUACCUUCUCUCUUUCAUACUCCAUAACACUAAACCUGGUUGUCACCAGGAUCUUGUUGGUUUAGUCAUAUCAAUGCUACUUUUAGGAGAUUUUAGCUUAGUGUUGCUUACCUUCCUACAGUUGUAUUCAAUUUCACUGGUGGAAGUCUUUCUAGUUUUGUUUAUUUUACCUCUGGGGAUUCUUCUUCCGUUUCCUGCUGGCAUAAAUGCUUUAUUCAGUCAUGGACCAAGGCGAUCCGCAGGUUUGGCACGUUUUUACGCCUUGUGGAACUUAACAUCCUUGAUUAAUGUUGGUGUUGCAUUCCUUUGUGGGUAUGUUCACUAUCACCAUCAGCUGUCAUCAAGCAAAACGAUCCCGAAUCUUCAGCCAUGGAAUAUUAACAUGGAUGAAAGCGAAUGGUGGAUUUUCCCGGUUGGACUGGUAAUGUGUAAGCUUUUCCAAUCACAACUUAUAAACUGGCAUAUAGCGAAUCUAGAGAUACAAGACCGCUCAUUGUAUAGUAAUGAUUUUGAGCUAUUUUGGCAGUCAUAAAGCACCAUUGUUAAAAGACAUAUAGACUUACGCAUUAACAAGGUUCUUUCUUUUACUUUUUACUGUUUUUGUAUGUAACUUGGUUAACAAAUCCAGUUCUUGACAAGUAGAAAUAGAAACAGAGGGUUAAAAAAGGUGCGACUAGAAUGGCAUUUAUUUGUUGUAAGUUCUAAAAAUUUGUUUUUCAUAUUAAUUUUUGGGAGUUGCAAUGUAAAUAAAAAGAAUUGGGGGUUAUUAUACUAAUGGUUUAAGAGAAUUCAUUUGUAUA